AUGUCCACUCGACCCCGGCCUCUUAAAGUUGUGCUGACCAGCAGCGACCAAGCCAGUCUCAUUUACUCCAGGCGAUUCAGGAUUAAAGGCUCCAACCCCGGUGUUUUUUUUUCAACCGGACUACUCGCCAGCCGAACGGCUCAAGCGUCGUCAGCUGGUUCUAGAACUAAGAAAGAGGCUCAGCGAGGGGGAGAACAAUUUAGUAAUAUACAACAACCAAGUACGGCGGCGUCCGUCACUCUUCCUUUGGACAGGUCCUGUCCGAAUGACCGCGCAGCCGACAUAUUAAGUGAAGGCGCUAACCCAAAUGUAACCACAUCUUCCGUCAGCCGGAAAUUGAAAUUCUUGUACACCAACGUGCAGAGUUUGAUAUCAAAGUUCGACGAGCUGAAGAUCCACCUCUGCGACCUAUCCCCUGACGUUAUCUCUCUAACAGAAACCUGGUUGACCAAACACGUGGACGACCGUGAGCUGGCCUUGCCUGGCUACCAGAUGUUUAGAAGGGAUAGGGAAGGGCGUCAGGGAGGAGGCGUACUAACGUAUGUGAAAAAUGGGCUAAAUGUAUCAGACAAGACCGAUAACUUUUCAUGCAGUUCCGAGGCAAUCUGGUUGUCUAUUAAAGUGCCGAGCUCGCCUAGCCUCGAUGUCCUGACAGUUUAUCGACCGCCGAGACGGGACAACAUGGCCGACGCUCGCCUGCUGGAGGAGCUCGAAAAGUUCGCUACGCGGCCGGAUAUCCUAAUCAUGGGCGACUUUAACGCGCCCCAUAUUGACUGGAGCUCAACCCAUGCAAAUAGCUCAGAACAGACCUACGAUAGGAGUUUUCUGAACACGGCACUGAAGCUAUUCCUCACUCAACACGUCAUGUUACCAACUAGAGUACGCGAAGGCCAACAAGCCAACUGCCUUGAUCUUGUCCUUACGAAGUCACAGGGCAGCAUUGAUGAGGUGUCAUACCUACCCCCCUUAGGUAAAAGUGACCACGUCGUUCUUUUAUGGGAUUACUCGCUUUUUUCCAUGCCCAAGAAAACCGGGACAGUUAGAAGAAACCUUUGGCGCGGGGAUUUCGACCAAAUGAGGGCUGAAAUUUUACGCAUUGAGUGGGAGUCCAUAUUUGUUGGGGGCAUACUCGAAGACUGGCAACGGUUCCGAGAAAUUCUGCACGAGCUGAUCGUAAACCACUGUCCGCUUUCACGGAAGACGUUAACUAACAGACCUCGAUGGCUUACGCAAGCCUUGAAGAAUGAAGUGAAUAAAAACGACGGCUGUGGAAAAAAUCGCUUUCUGACAGGAGCCCCACAUCUAUAUGCGCGUACAAAAUUCAAAGAAAUCGAGUCAAGGGUCUUAUCCUCAAAACUAGAAAGGAAUUCGAACGGCAUCUGCUUAACCGUGCCGCGGAGAACCCUAAAUUAUUCUACGGUUACAUAAGGCAGUGCACGCGGAACAAGGACCCAAUACCCCUGAUAAGGACUGCUGAAGGCGAACAUCUCACUGACGACAGGGAGAAAGCUGAUCACCUUUCAGAAUUUUUUCGGUCUGUUUUUAGUAGCGAAACAGGAUUCAACCCUUCGGCCCUUCAAUCCUUCGAAGACACCCCAAUUAUAGAGACCGUCCAGUUCACUGAGGGUAUGGUUCUGACGGAGUUGCUGAGGCUAAAGGAAUCUAAAUCCCCAGGCCCCGAUAAGAUUCCGGCGAAGACUUUGAAGGAACUCGCCGGUGAGUUGUCUAAGCCACUCUCCAUGCUUUUCCAUACAUCCUUCGAGACCGGAUAUCUGCCACCCGACUGGAAGUCGGCGUGGAUUACGCCGCUGUACAAGGGCGGAAGUCGGGUCUCUGCGAACAAUUACAGACCUGUCAGCCUCACCUCCAUUUGCUGUAAGAUUAUGGAGAAGAUAAUAAAGCAACAACUAAUGCAGUUCCUUGAACAAAACCAUUUGCUUUCCGAUUCUCAGCAUGGAUUCCGAAAAGGCAGAUCCUGUGUGACAAACCUGCUCUACUGUCUGGAACACUGGACUAGGGCUGUUGAUAGAGGAGAUAUGGUGCAUGCCAUCUAUAUCGACUUUAAAAAGGCCUUCGACAGUGUGCCUCACCACCGCCUUCUAUACAAACUUAGCCGUGCAGGAGUGCGGGGUAAGCUUCUGAUGUGGAUUCGGAGCUUUUUAAUCGGCCGCUCUCAAGCCGUCCACGUCGGUGACCAACAAUCUUCCGAGGUUGCCGUUAAGAGUGGUGUUCCCCAAGGCUCUGUUCUUGGUCCUACGCUGUUCCUCGUAUACGUCAAAGACUGCGCAAACGAAGUGAAUUGCGAUGUCGCAAUGUUUGCCGAUGACAUAAAGAUUUGGAGUACCAUACGAAGCGAAGUUGACGAGGCGCGACUGCAGACAAGUCUGGACCACCUCGAGCAAUGGUCGAAAGACUGGCUUCUACCGUUCAACGUAAACAAGUGCACUUUCCUACGCGUCGGCAGAACCAGUUCUCCUAACCACACGGUCUACCGUCUGACUGGCAAACCACUGCAAGAAGUCGACGCCCAGAAGGACUUGGGUGUAUGGAUCACAACCUCGCUUAAGCCUUCGCUGCAAUGUUCGAAGGUGGCCAAGUCGGCGAUGUCCAUGCUAUACCUUGUCAAACGGGCGUUCUCCUCCUUUGAUGAAGACUGCUUUGCCAAGGUCUUUCAAACUUUUGUGCGACCGCAUCUGGAGUUUGCUAUCCAAGCAUGGGGACCCUGGACCGCUAAAGACUUCGGCAUACUCGAAAAAGUUCAACGGCGAGCAACGAAACUUGUAUCUGGGUAG